UCCUGUCAGCCUGAGCACUGCACUGUCACAUGAAUUACCGGAUUGUCGUUGAACGUGAUUGUUUGAGUCGGCCAAACGAAGGCAUAAGUGCCGCCAGGAGGCCAGGCGGGUCGGGAGACAGGUCAACUGACUCUCCCCACAGCGACUGCAUAUGUAGCAGCAUCUCCGAGAAUGCAGUACACGCCUCUUCGCGCUAACCCUCGCCAUGGCGUCUCACCCUGUUGCUGAGUACACGUCGCCGUCAGCAUGGUCUAUGGUCGAAGACAAGUUCUCGCCUUACGCGAAGGAGACCCUCGCGAAGCUCAUCGCCUUCGUCCAUGACGAGGUUCUGCCUGCGCAGAAGGUUGCCCACGCGCAGCUGCCUGCUGAUCCUGAGAAGAGGUGGAAGGCCGUGAUUCCUAUUGUCGCAGAACUCAAGGCGAAGGCGCGCAAGCUUGGGCUCUGGAAUCUCUUCUUGAGCAAGGUACACUACCCUGAAUAUGGCGUUCCGCUCACGAACCUCGAGUAUGCACUCAUGGCAGAGAUUCUGGGGCGUGGCGGACAGAUGGCUUCGGAAGCCGUGAAUUGCUCAGCCCCUGACACGGGGAAUAUGGAGGUCCUCGCACGUUAUGGAUCGCCGGAACAGCAGAAGAAGUGGCUAGUUCCGUUGCUUAACGGCGAGACCCGCUCGGCUUUCUCCAUGACUGAGCGGUUCGUGGCCUCCUCGGACGCCACCAACAUUCGCACUACCAUCCGCAGGGAGGGUGACGAGAUAGUCAUCAGUGGACACAAGUGGUAUAUCAGCGGUGCUGGAGAUCCUCGCUGCGCAUUGCACCUUGUGCUGGGCAAGAGCGACCCUGAUAACUCGGACAAGUACCGUCAGCAGAGCAUUGUAAUUGUACCUGCCAAUGCGCCUGGUGUCAACGUCGUUCGGCCUAUGGGUGUCUUCGGUUAUGAUGACGCGCCUGAAGGACAUUGCGAGAUCAUCUACGAGAACGUCCGUGUCCCUGUCAGCAACCUGGUUCUGGGUUGGGGUAGGGGCUUUGAGAUCAUUCAAGGACGUCUAGGCCCUGGCCGUAUUCAUCACUGCAUGCGUUCCAUUGGAUGCGCUCAGUACGCACUGGACCUCAUGAUUGCACGCGUCACCGAUCCCGCUAAGAAGACAUUUGGCAAGUACCUGUAUGAACAUGGCACUGUCAUCUCCGAGAUUGCUCGUAGUCGUGCGGAGAUUGAGUCUGCUAGGCUUCUCGUGUUGAGCGCCGCCCUUCAGAUUGACAAGGCUAAGGCCAAGGGUGCCCUCAAGGAGAUCGGCAUUGCGAAGUUCGUGGUGCCCUCCAUGGCGCUCAAAGUCGUGGACACCGCCAUGCAAGCCUUCGGUGCGGAAGGCGUCAGUCAAGACACGCCUCUCGCUCAAAUGUGGGCGCAACUGAGAACACUCCGUAUCGCCGAUGGUCCCGACGCCGUCCACAUACAGCAGAUCGGACAACGAGAGCUGAAGCGUGCCCCUGUUAUCGCGAAGCGCAUCGCAGAUAUCAAGCAAAGGGAGAAGCGGCUCCUUGAACAGCAUGGCUUCAAGGCUUCGCUGUAGUGUCCUUCAUUUUCCCCGGUCGGAUGUACACUUAGUCCACAUGCCAAUUUGCUCUACUGCAAUACGAAGCUACAACUGCCUCUUAAGCGUACCCUCUGCUCGAGAGACUUCGUGUUAUAUUCAGUUGGGUGUCUAAAAUGUCUUGUUGUGGUGAUUAUAAUAAUAAAAAGAGGGCUUGGCUGGGAAUCGAACCCAGGGCCUCCUCCAUCACGUGACUCUUUGUUAAUUAUUUAACAACUUUAUUAAGCCCUAAGAAGGAAUCAUACCUCUAGACCACCAAGCCACGUGCAUGAUAGCGCCAAGCAUGCAUAGCA